AAUUCAGUUUUUUCGUGGCCAGGCUGAGAAGAUGAAGUGCUUCGUGGAUUAUCCGGCAUCCUGCCAUUUCCCCAUCGAAAACCUCCCUUAUGGAGUGUUCUCGACUGUCCAAGACCCGAUUCAUCGUAUUGGUGUAGCCAUUGGUGAUCUCGUUUUGGAUUUAAAAGAGAUCAGUCAUCUAUUUGAUGGACCUCACCUGAAAACCGUUCAACAUGUCUUUAAAGAGACAACUCUGAACAGUUUUAUGGGUUUAAACUGCGCAGCAUGGAAAGAAGCUAGAGAUAAAUUGCAAAGCUUACUGAGCGCCGACAAUCCAACACUCGCAAACAAUGCAGCCCUUAGGACAAAGGCGUUCGUGCCUCAAUCUCAAGCUACCAUGCAUUUACCAGCAAGAAUCGGCGAUUACACAGAUUUCUACUCAUCCAUUCAUCACGCAAUGAACGUCGGAAUUAUGUUCAGGAGCAAAGAAAAUGCCCUCAUGCCAAAUUGGAAAUAUUUACCGGUUGGUUACCAUGGUAGAGCCUCGUCCGUUGUUGUUUCUGGAACUCCAAUUAAAAGACCAAAUGGACAAACGUUACCAGUCGAAGGUCAAGCUCCAGUUUAUGGUUCUUGCAAACUGAUGGACUUCGAAUUGGAGAUGGCUUUCUUUGUUGGUGGACCUCCUACGCAACUGGGUGAACCUGUCGAUAUAAAAAAGGCUCAAGAGAGGAUUUUCGGAUUCGUCGUAAUGAACGAUUGGAGUGCUAGGGAUAUUCAAAAGUGGGAAUACGUUCCACUGGGACCAUUCACUGCUAAGAAUCUGGGAACAACCAUUUCUCCAUGGGUUGUAACCACUUUUGCUUUGGAACCGUUCAAGGUGAAUAACUUCCAGCAAGAGCCAAAACCCUUCGAAUACUUGGUACACGACGAUCCAUUCAACUUCGACAUAAAAUUGCAAGUCGACAUCGCACCGAAAAACGCCAAUACUUCGACGACCGUUUGCAGAUCGAAUUACAGAUACUUGUAUUGGACGGCAAAGCAGCAAUUGGCUCAUCACACUGUCACCGGAUGCAACGUGAAUCCUGGAGAUCUCUUGGCCAGCGGCACCAUCAGCGGAGACACUUCUGAUUCGUUCGGGUCAAUGUUGGAAUUGUCGUGGAAGGGAAGCAAAACCGUCGAUUUGAUGAACGGAGAGCAGAGGAAAUUCUUGCAGGAUGGAGACACCGUCGUUAUGAAAGGAUUCUGCGAAGGGAACGGAUUUACCGUUGGAUUCGGAGAUUGUGUCGGUACAAUCUUACCAGCAAAUAAGAUGUAAACUCAUUAUGAUUCUGUUAGACUGUUUGAAAAAAAAUAUACGUUAAUUAAAAAAAAAUAAUCAACUGGGAAAA